AUGGAUUACCACCUGCUUGGAUUAAUUUUAUCUUUUCUCUUUGGUGAUGCAAAGGUCUUAGCGGGUUACCCCAUUUGGUGGUCCCUUGCCUUAGGGCAACAGUAUACUUCACUGGGCUCUCAGCCAAUCCUGUGCGGUUCCAUUCCUGGCUUAGUGCCCAAGCAACUUCGGUUCUGCCGUAACUACAUCGAGAUCAUGCCCAGUGUGGCUGAAGGCGUGAAGCUGGGGAUCCAGGAGUGCCAACACCAGUUCCGGGGGCGGCGUUGGAACUGCACUACCAUUGAUGACAGUUUGGCCAUUUUUGGGCCUGUUCUAGAUAAAGCCACACGAGAAUCUGCUUUUGUCCAUGCCAUUGCAUCAGCUGGUGUGGCAUUUGCUGUCACACGCUCGUGUGCAGAAGGCACUUCCACUAUCUGUGGCUGUGACUCACACCACAAGGGACCACCAGGUGAAGGAUGGAAAUGGGGAGGUUGCAGUGAGGAUGCUGACUUUGGUGUGCUGGUUUCACGCGAGUUUGCAGAUGCCCGAGAAAAUCGCCCAGAUGCCCGCUCAGCUAUGAACAGACACAAUAAUGAAGCUGGAAGAACAACUAUCUUGGACCACAUGCACCUGAAAUGCAAGUGUCAUGGCCUCUCUGGCAGCUGCGAGGUUAAAACAUGCUGGUGGGCCCAGCCAGACUUCCGGGCCAUUGGGGACUAUUUGAAAGACAAAUAUGACAGCGCUUCAGAGAUGGUGGUGGAGAAACACCGGGAAUCUCGCGGGUGGGUGGAAACCCUGCGCGCUAAGUACGCUCUCUUCAAGCCGCCCACCGAGCGCGACUUAGUCUAUUACGAGAACUCGCCCAACUUCUGUGAGCCCAAUCCCGAGACUGGUUCAUUUGGCACACGGGACAGAAUGUGCAACGUGACUUCGCAUGGGAUCGAUGGGUGUGACUUGCUCUGCUGCGGCCGGGGCCACAACACCCGGACGGAGAAGCGGAAGGAGAAGUGCCACUGCAUCUUCCACUGGUGCUGUUACGUUAGCUGCCAGGAAUGCAUCCGGGUUUAUGAUGUGCACACCUGCAAAUGAAAAAAAAAAAGAAGAAGCCCCUUCAUAGAGUUGGAGCAUCAAAUGGAAGAGAGUGAGCGAGUGAGCGAGAGAAAGAUAGAGACUGCCAAGAAAUCUUACAAUUGCAGCCCAAUACCUAAAAACAGAGAAGAAAAAAACAGACACCUCUCCUUGUUUCCUUGGAGUGAAGACAGGCAACAGUAGAGGAAGAACCUAUCUGGAAAUCGAUGCCAGAAGACUCUGCGGGACCCUCUGUUUGUUCUGCCAGCAUCUUCUUCCUUUACCUAUCAAACAGGUUGGCCAUGGUUGCUGACAUCAGGCCACACAGUUCCAGGGGGGUGUCCCCAAUUUUUUGGAGGUUUUCCUUUCCCUUCCUCUUCUUUUUUGCACAUGUCAAAAAUAGUAUAUAUAUGUUAAACCCUAAGAAAACAGCAAGGCUGUAGCAAUAGCAACAGAAUAGGACUGAUUGUAGCUGCCCACAACAGUUAUUAAUGUGCAAAAAUGCAGAUAUGAAAGAGCCAGGGUUUAAGAAAAUGUGAAGGGAAGCAAAAGUCCGUUUUACACACCGAGGUUCUCAGCGGCAGUUGUUUUGUGAAUAACUCAAUAUGUGAACUUUAAAGUCUUAUUAUUCCUUCAUGGCCACAUGCACACUUAUGUAACCAACAUGGGUUUGUUUGUUUGUUUUUAAAGUCAUUUACAGGACAUGCAGCACUGAUUCUGGAGCUGGAGGGAAAGAAUGAAAUUGAGUAUUUCAUCCUUCUCAGGAUUAACAAGCUUUCCUGAACCUAUAAAAGAGAUUUCUUCUUUUGUACUUACCUUUCAAUCGUUGUUGAUGAAUAGUGGCCCAGUGGGGUUAUAUAUUAUGUGUGUGUUUAAGUACAUUUUAUUUAAUGUGUAUAUACAUUUCCCAACAUAACCCCAACAUUUCCUGAAAAAAAUGAGGAGUGGGGUUGGUGGCAAUUCUAUGUAAUAGCAGCUGCUAGUCCCUACCGCAAAACCAAACCCUUCUUUAAACCUUAAAGCAUUUUCCAGCAGGUUGUGUUAACAGAGGAAAGUGGAAUCUGUAACAAAAUGUUGCAGCUGUUAGGCAGGCAAGGAGAUUUAUUUCCCUCUUCCAUUCCAUUUCCCGCCCCACUCCGUUUUUCCAGGAAGGUAGUGAGAUGGUUGGCUGCAGCAAAAACAAACAUGGAAUCUUAUGGGAUCUUAAAAAUGAACGUGUUUUAUUUGAAAUACAGUACCUUUUUUGUGUGGAGUACAGUUCACUUCUUCAGGUGCAUUGCUUUGGUAGGUAAGACAUUUAUGCAGUAAUAUGAAAGGUAUGGUAUCUUAAAGUGGAUGGUGGUUCAGCACAAAGAACAAGCAAAGUAUGCUUUUCUAAUCUCUGCCGUCCCCUGCCAGGCUUCUCAUUGGAGAUGGGCAUGAAUCGCUGAUUCAGCAUGGUUUGUUUCCGAGCCAGACAGCUGAUCUGUGGUUCAGAGCCCUGCCCUGCCUCCUUUGAGCGCAUGCUGCUGAAUGAGUGCCUACCAAAAGGGAUGGGGUGCCGAACCUUGGAUCAGCUGAUUGGUCAGGAAGCAAAACCGUGCCAACUAGCCGAAUCAGCAGUUCGUGCCCAUCUCUACUUUUCAUGCCAUGAAAACAGUAACACUAGAGGUCUACAUAGAGGAGGAGAACUGGUCACACCAUUCUGAAGAUGCAAAAGGCUACCCACAGCCCUUAUUCUCUCCCCAUGUGCUUUUUGUAAGCCAUCUUCUUCAGCCCUUCGUUUGCUUUGAUGACGGAAAGGAGCUGUAUUAGGAACAGCAGUUGCUUUAAG